CGAACGCAGAGAGCAGAAAGCAGACGCGUGGUGGUGAUGCCGCGACGAGAAGCAAACAAUAUGGUGUGCUUGAAAGUCAGAAUGAAUCAUCGUGAUGUUUUUGUGUGCGUGGUGGUCGCUGCUUCCUCGCUACAGAUCUGAAGUUGCCUUGCGCAUGCCCCUGGAAUGGACGCGCCCUGCCAUGCUGCAUGAGUGGAGUGGGCUGCCGCUGCUGCUCGUCGCUCUCAUCGUCCUGCUGUCAACCCUCAGCCUCCGCGCAAUGCAGAACGAACGGGACCUGAUCUACCAGUCUGCCUGGCUGCCCUUGCCGUCUAGGCCGAGAAGAACCAUCCCCUUGCUAUCAUCGCGCCAUCGCCGGCGAAGCGCGCCCCGCCGCUCUCUGCCUCUGGUGUGCCAGGCCAAGGGUGACGCCCCCGACUGGCACGAGCUGGAGGAGGCCGAGGACAUGUACGAGGUCACUGGGGUGUUGCUCGAGUGGGCCGGCUAUCGGCUGAUGAUGCGCGAGGAGCUGGACGCCGUGCUGGCGGUGCAGCGGCGGGCGGGCAAGCCGUUGCCGCGCAGCAAUGCCCCCUGGUACUCGUUGAGUGUGGGCGAGCCCGACAUGACGGCCUUCGGGACGUCCAAGUGCCUGGCGGGUCUGCGCCAGGAGAUGCGGCUGAUUGAGAACUUCUCGCCGCACUUCGACUCGUCGGCGCUCAACAUGACGGACGGCGAUGACGUGGAGCGUGUGGGGCGGUGUGGGGACGAGAGGGGGCCGCACUACCUGGGCAUCACGGUGGCCAGCAGCUUGCCCAGCCUGUUUGAGUACUACACCGAUGAGUUCCUGCGGAUGCAGCCAAGGCUCUGGCCGGCGGUGGUGCGGGGCCGGUUUCCUGAGGCUGGCGAACCGAUGCCAGACCCACCUCCAGAGACGCAAAGUGAGCGGCAAUAAGGCACACACACACACAUGUGUAUCGGACACACUGUUUGCUUCUUUGUGUGCUUCUUGCGCGGCAUGGACGCGUUCAGAUGUGCCGCUGAUCCCGUGUUUGGUAGUGUACGGGAACCUGAAGCGUGUGCAGGCGUGGGCGGCGAGCGCAGGGCGGCUGUAUGGUCAGGAAGGGGAGGACCUCUACCGGGUGUGCGAGAAGGGGCAGGUGCUCGUCCUGGCGAGGCCAGAGUUCAGCGGCGAGAGGCUGGGCAGGAAGGGACGCCUGCAGCAGCAACGCUUCUUCAAGCUCUGGGACGCGCAGUACUGACUGGCCAGUGUAGCCAGCCUGUGUGUGUGCAGAUCUGUGCCAGAUCUUGUGCUUCACAUGCAUCCGCGAAUCGGGCUGACACUUCAGCACGGUCGUCGUCUUUCUCAGACGGAAGGCGUCCGGGCAAACAAAACGGUCGAUCACGGUCGAACCGAAAAAAGAAACACUCACCUUGCACCAGUGCUGUUGCUGACACCACCACCACUCACCCAGCGCGUUAAAACCUCGCGACUGCUCCGGCAGAUGAGGAAGCUCAUCAGCUCGCACGACGCCCGUCUAGGGUAUGACAUAAAACCGCUGCAGUCGGAGCCGGCUCUUCCCCAGACAUAGGCAAAAGGUGCACGCACGAGUCCUUCCCAGCUUGUCAAGUGUUUGUCACAAGCGACAGCGGAUCAACAUCGAGUCAGAAGAAGGCAUGAGGCUGGUCGGCGGCGACGGAGGGCCUGCAAGAAGACGAACACAGGGAGGAGGCAAUUGAUGCAUGUUGCUGGAAUGGUACGUAUGUGGGUCCACCUCCAUAUGUCAGGGUGCGUGCCCGUCAUUCUUGACCUCUUGUGGUGGUGACAUCCGCCGGCAAGCGUCCAGCACGCACAACGUGGUCGAUCACUCCAGCACACGUUGUUGGUGUCGGUUUGUACAUGACAGGUUCUCAUUCUGCAACAGUGUUCGUCCAUGGCUGUCUGAUGCUGUGGCUUUCAAGCUUUGUGGAGGGUGAGAGGAAGUACAUCACAAAAUACAUCUGAUCUUGAUGCGACGUGGACAUCUCGCAUCGUGUUUGUCUAUGUGGAUCUGUGUCACGAGUUCCGCCUCUCCCUCCGACAAGGUGCGUACGAACAGGAAAGAAAAGCAGACAGAUAGGAGGACGUUGACAUGGAAUGUGUGGAUGUGUAUCGACCGUCUGCCGCACACACAACCGACCUUUAUGUGGGUGUUCCCCGCAAACCAGUGACCACCGCCUCCGCGCGUGUGCGCAGCCGACGUUUGUGUGCAUUGUAUGUGAGCACAAAGUGCUUGUCUUGCUCGUGCUCAUGUGUAUGUCGAUGGAUGUGUUGCGUGUCCGUCGAUCGGUGCGUACGACUGACUGACUGACUGUCUGCCUGGAUGGAUGGAUGGGUAUGGGAGGAGAAGUGAGCCCUCACAUGACAUGAGUGAUAGUGUCUGUAGCCAUUAAUGGUGCAGCGUGUCAUUGGAGCAGUCGAAGUGCUGCAAGCUAAGACGUAUUGACUGCGUGACGUAUGACUGUGUGUCCCUGCCUGUGUGCAUGUCUACAUGAUAAAUCCAUCCCAUCAUGUAGUUAGUGUGGGUAUAUCAUUAGGUGGUUCAAUCUGCAUGUCUUUGUGUUUUUAUUGUGUCUGAUGCUGUGGCUUCGUGUGAGUUGGGAGAGGGCAAAUCGUAAGAUACACACACACACAUACAUCCUUCACACACAUACUUCACACGCAUACUCGGACUGACCGCGUGUCUCGCUCGUCUGCCUGUCUGCAUGAGUGCGUGCAUGUACUCCACACAGACCUUCCUUUGUAUAUAUGGUGUAAUCCCAGCGAGUUCCUCCCUGCACUUGACACGCCACAGAAUUCACUGAGCUGCUCCUUUUUCAUGCAUUGCAGACCUGACCACAUGAGAUGAAGCGAUGAUACCU